GGGGCCGCUUGGAUGAUGGACGGAACGGAAGGGAGUCGAGUGAGCCCGGCGGGACUUCUCAGACUUGAGACCACGAAGGAGACAUUGUCACGGCCACAUGAGACACCGUACCCAGUUUCCUCUGGGGGUCGGUUUAACUGCCCGGAAACGGAAGUCUCGUCCUUUUCCGUUCUCUUCCCUUCUUGCCGCUUGCUGUGCCGGCCGCGCCGCCCCGCGCCCCUCAUAGUCAUGCCUCGCAAAAUCGAGGAGAUCAAGGAUUUCUUGCUCACGGCGCGGCGGAAGGAUGCCAAGUCUGUCAAGAUCAAGAAGAAUAAGGAUAAUGUGAAGUUUAAAGUUCGAUGCAGCAGAUACCUUUAUACCUUGGUCAUCACAGACAAAGAGAAGGCAGAGAAACUGAAGCAGUCCCUGCCGCCAGGUUUGGCAGUGAAGGAGCUGAAAUGAACAAGGCACGCUGAUUCGAACUGUAUUAAAAUCCAAAGAAAAUCUU